CAGAGUAAAAACCCAGAGCAAGCGGCGGAUAAAACGCUUAAAACGAGUUUUAUAAACGAGAGGAGAGACUGCAUUUGGUUCAAAAUGUUACUCACUGCGAUCUUUGUCCUUUUGGGGACAGGAUUGACGAGAUUCAUUCCCUCACUUACAUCUACACGGCCCUCUCCAAACCUGUCGGACUCCCCGGUAUCCAUGACUUCACAGCCAUGGGUCUGAUGGACAGCAGGAUGAUUGACUACUAUGACAGUGAUAACCAGAAGAAAGUUCCCAAGCAGAAGUGGAUGGAAGAGAAGCUUCCCAGUGAUUACUGGGAGAAAGGCACACAGUCCCGCCAGAGCAAGCAGCAGUGGUUCAAUGUCAACAUUGGCAUCCUGAUGGAGCGAAUGAGACAGAAUAAUACAGACGUCCAUGUCCUUCAGUGGAUGCACGGCUGUGAGGGAGACCUGCAGGAAGAUGGCAAGUUAAAGUUCAUUCGUGGUAUGGACAUGUACAGCUACGAUGGAGACAACUUCCUGGCCUUCGAUGACACCAACUCAGUGUGGGUCGCCCCGUCUCCUGAGGCAGUCCUCACCAAGAGGAAGUGGGAUGGUGUUGAUGUCCUAAAAGAGUACACCAAAGGCUACCUGGAGAACGAGUGUAUGGAUUGGUUGACCAAGUUCAUGAAGUAUGGACAAGAACAGCUAACAGCGGCCUCUCCACCUGAAGUCCACCUGUUUGCAAAGAACUCAAAGGUUAAGACGAACAUCAUUUUGACAUGCCUGGCCACAGGUUUCUACCCAAAAGACAUGAUCCUGCGGAUCAAAAGGAACGGCCGUGUUCUCUAUGGAGAUGAUGGAUUAACAACCUCGGGCGUUCGACCAAAUCAAGACAACACUUACCAGAGGAGAGACAGUGUGGAGAUUCUAAAAACUGACAAGUCUACAUACACCUGUGAAGUCAUUCAUAAAGCAUCUGGUGUACACGUUGAGAGUGGAUGGGAUCACAUUAUUCCUUCAGAGCCUGGAGUUGACGGUACUACCAUUGGUGUGGCUGUGGCUGUGGCUGUGGUCAUCUUGCUUCUUGUGGUUGCAGCAGUGCUGGUUGUGUUGUACAAAAAAGGCAAAUUUGCUAAGACCAAUGGAGAUGACAACACCUCUGCAUCCAGUACCACCUCUGGAGGCAAUAACAGCUCAGCAGCCAGUGUCGACCUUCAAGAGAAAGAUUCACUUAUCAAUCCAGUGAAGAAAGCAUCGGAGAGUGUCUAAACAGCGGUGACUCUGGUGUCUCUGGUGACUCUGUUCAGGCUUGUAAGUAUCUUUGUUGAGUAACUAAAAGCUGCAGUGAGCAGGUUCACAGUUCGGCAGCUCAAGUGGCAGCUCGGGGGAACUGCUGGAACUGGUGAAGGACUGACUCACUCAAGUUACAAAACAAGAAGUUACUGAGAACUCCCUCCCGUUCCCUCAGAUCCUCUUCCUCCACACACCUGUCUGUCCCCUCCGCCCGUCUCACCACCAUGGGGAGUAGAGCAUUCAGCCCCUCUGCUCCCUGUCUCUGGAAUCUACUACCACCCCAACUCAGAAAAAUCGAUUCAUUCCCCCAUUUCAAAUCACAACUCAAAACACAUCUGUUAAAAACUACCUUUUCCGUCUGAAGCCAAUUGCUCUGUCACUUUUGUAUUGUUUUUAUUUUUAUAUUUCAUUUUUAUUGUUGCUUCUUCUUAAUGAGUUUUUAAUCUCAAUUUGUGUAACUCUGUACGGUGUCCUUGAGAGCCAAGAAAGGCGCCUUUAAAUAAAAUGUAUUAUUAUUAUUAGUAUUACUACUGGGCAGGGGAUAGAAAUGAAAAACAUGUUAACACAACAGGAAAACAUGUUAAAGUGUUCAGUGUUUUGGUGAGGCCUUAAUAAAGAUUGCAUAUAAUACAAAAAACAAAACGGAUAUGAUAUGUGAUUUUUAAGGAUUAUGCAUUUAAAAAAAUUUUUUGUCUUAAUUUAGUGAUAAGCAGACGCAAAUUUAUUAUUUUCUGUUUUGGGCUUUUGAGUGCUUUAUCAAUUGUAGAAGUUUUAUCUUAUUUUUUAUUGUAUUUUUUUUACUCUUCAUUUUUUCUCACAAUUUCUUCUGCUAAAAAUUGCACUUUUGUUUUUAAAUAUCUUUAGAAAAACAAUAAUCAAUUUGUUGGUCUAAGAAAUCAGUGAAUCCUAAAAUCUGUUAACAUGUAUUUGUUCAAUGGUUAGACUAAUGACAAAUAUUAAAUGUUUGUAGUUUCUGUCUAAAACGUUUCAAUUUGUUAAAUUCAUUAACAAACUAAUGUGAAUCAGCAACAAUUAUGGAAUGACAUUAAAUUAAUGCAAAUUUUUGUACUGUCUAUAUUAAAAUGACAAUGGUAGGACAUGAACACAGCUUAAGCAAUUUGUCUCCUGUUUGUUUUUCUAUUCUGUUUGUACAGUGUGUCUGAUUGCAUGUCUACCUACAUUAAAUAAAUAAGUAAUUUGGAAAAAGUCAAA